UGUAUUAAAGCAGCCCGGAAUAUGGCUAAGCGCCACACUUACGCGCCAGUCAUAUUAAAGUAUUUCAAAUCUCACAUUUCGCACAUACAUUGGCAUUAACCCGUUAUCUAAUAACCACAUUAUGAAAAACUUGUGAAAAUGCUUUUUGAUAUUUGUGUUACUAUAUUAUUGCGAAAUAUACAUUAAUGUCGUCUUUUUUAAGGUGUCAUUCGGUACAACAAGGGAGUAAUCCAUGUUCAUAUUUGAACUUCCGCUUCCACCGUUGGAUAAUUCAAGAUGAAUCAUGCAGCCAUAAUCCCAAAUCGGUUCCAGCUGAACGAGGACUUUGACAAUAUAAUCGUUCCGAGUCAAACUUCAAGAAAGAGGAGGAAUUUAAGGAAGGGUGAUACUAUUGCACAGAAGGCUUCAAAGUCAACAUGCCCAAAACAACCGCAGCAUCAGCAAAUUCAUCACCAGCAACAGCCGGGUCUGUCUGAUCAAGAACUCUCUACUCCUAAAACAGUCAUUGAAUCUGAGUAUACACUCACACCACUAAGGCAGUAUGAGCACCUGCUGAUACAGGGUAAAGGCCUGUCUCCAUGCAGCCCCCAUCACACUGCAUUUGCCCUGCAAGACUUUGACCAGACAUGUAACAAAUUGAAGGAUGUCUAUUACAUUGUUCGGAGACGGCACAUUACGUGUUGUGAUGGAAAUACCUGGGUCUAUGCUUGCCAGUGUGAAAGGGCAAGGGAGACACUGGUGUUUGCCAUUGAACAACCGUAUAAUGGCUCAGUCCAAGAAAUCAAAGAUUUAGAUCAGCAUGCCAAUCAUGUCGAAUGUCUUCAUAUCAAGGCAUGCAGAGAGCUGUUAAGGAGCACCAUCACGACCGAUGACUACAAUUCCCAUUCUGUCAAUGAUGUGUCGGAUCACCAAUAUUGCAAGUCCAAUGAUCAUGUGGAGUUAUAUCCCCUUUUGUCAACAGAACAUGCUGUGUGUGUCCACAUAUCUACCGGUAACUCAUCCAACGAGUCAUAUGCCAUUGUCAGCUUAAACUUUCAAGGUGGGCACUCAUUAGCAUGUUCUGUAUGCAAAAAGGCACCAUGCCCACAUACAGAUGCCAUCAAGUGUUCUGGGCACUCAUUAGCUGAGGUACUGAAAGAGCUGUUGUCAUCAAAACCAUCUUUCAGGGCACGAUAUGUCCCUUAUCCAAUAUCAAAAAAAAAAAAAGAUUUCAGCAUGUCUAGUUUUCAAGGAAAAUAUGAAAACAGUUUUGCCCCAGACACAUCAGGCAUCUGUGUUUGUGGAUCUCCUUGGGGUGAAUUAACAGAUGGCCUGGACUCAAUGAUGUUCACCGCAACCACUUCAUCCAGUGUUAGAGGUAUGCAGAUACUGAGAGAUGCGAGCCAGAACAACGCUGUCUUCUUUUUAUAAAACAUCGGUGUGGCAGCAUGCUGAAAAU